AUGGAGUUGAAUAAUUUGGCAACGAAAGAAACAAGCUACUGGAUGAUCGCACUACCUGCCAUUUUUGGAUCCCAAAACCUAAACGAUGCUUCUAUCCUUGGCUAUCUCUUCCUCGCCGUCGUUAGUAUCUCUUUACUCACGUGGGCUCUCGCCGGAGGCGGAGGCAUCGCAUGGAAAAACGGCCGUAACCGGUUGGGACGUGUAGCGAUCCCGGGUCCUCGCGGCAUACCAAUAUUCGGCAGUCUUUUCAUUCUCAGCCGCGGUUUGGCUCAUCGUUCGCUAGCCGCUAUGGCUUGGAGACGCAAAAACACUGAGAUUAUGGCUUUUAGCCUCGGCUCAACGCCGGUUAUCGUGGCUUCUGAGCCGAACACGGCUCGCGAGAUUCUGAAGUCGCCUCACUUCGCGGACCGGCCGGUUAAGCAGUCGGCUAAGAGCCUCAUGUUCAGCCGAGCCAUAGGUUUCGCACCGAACGGAGCUUACUGGCGCACGUUAAGAAGGAUCGCGUCUACUCAUCUAUUCCAUCCACGGCGUAUGUUAGCACACGAACCUGGACGCCAGCUAGACUGCGCCAAAAUGGUGAGAGCGGUGUUAGCGGAGCAAAACGGCGUUGGAUCCGUCGUUUUGAGGAAACACUUGCAAUUAGCGGCCUUGAACAAUAUCAUGGGAAGCGUGUUUGGGAGAAGAUACGAUCCUCUGGCUCAGAAAGAGGAUCAUGAUGAGCUUACAUCAAUGGUUAGGGAAGGUUUCGAGCUAUUGGGUGCUUUUAAUUGGUCUGAUCAUCUUCCAUGGCUCAGCUAUUUCUACGAUCCGAUUCGGUUAAACCAACGUUGCUCAGCUCUCGUUCCUCGAAUCAGAACCCUCGUCAAGAGAAUUAUCGACGAACACAGAGUCGAUAACUCUGAGAAGAGAAAAGACAUUGGAGAUUUCGUUGAUGUCUUGUUGUCUUUAGAUGGUGAUGAGAAGCUUCAAGAGGAUGACAUGAUCGCCGUUUUAUGGGAGAUGAUUUUUAGAGGGACAGAUACAACGGCGUUACUAACGGAGUGGACCAUGGCGGAGCUAGUACUGAACCCUAACGUGCAAGCCAAGCUGAGGGACGAGAUUAAAACGGCCGUGAGCGACCGAGCCGACGUGGCAGAUGCUGACUGGGCAAAACUCCCGUACUUGAACGCAGUGGUGAAGGAAACUCUGAGGGUGCAUCCACCUGGACCACUGCUAUCGUGGGCCCGUCUUUCCACGUCUGAUGUUCAGCUAAGCAACGGCAUGGUGGUUCCAUCCGGAACAACAGCGAUGGUCAACAUGUGGGCUAUUACUCACGACCCGACGAUAUGGUCUAACCCGUUAAAGUAUGACCCGGAGAGGUUCACGUCGUCUGGGAAUGUUGACGUGGACGUUCGUGGUGGAGAUUUAAGGCUUGCGCCGUUUGGAGCCGGGAGGAGAGUGUGUCCGGGGAAAAACAUGGGUUUAGCUACCGUGACCCGUUGGGUGGCUGAGCUGGUGCGGCGGUUCGAGUGGAGUCAGGAUCAGACUGAGCCGGUUGAUCUUGGAGAGGUCUUGAAGCUUUCUUGUGAGAUGGAGCAUCCGUUACGUGCCGUUGUAUCGGAAGCAAUUUAA